CCUGGGCGGGACCUCACGCUGGAAGCGAGGGCGGGACUUCCGGCGGCGGGACUUCCGCCCGCAAGUAGCUAUGGCCUGGUACGCGAAGCUGGUGGGCAUUCCCCUGAGGGUUCAGAGGUUCCACACAGCCGCGUGUCACCACAAGGGCCGGACUGGCGCCGAGCACCAGUGGCUCACGCGGCAUCUGAAGGACCCGUUUGUGAAGGCUGCAAAGGUGGAGAGUUACCGCUGCCGCAGCGCCUUCAAGCUCCUGGAGAUGAAUGACAAGCAUCACAUCCUGAGGCCUGGUCUCCGGGUGCUGGACUGCGGGGCGGCCCCGGGAGCCUGGAGUCAGGUGGCAGUGCAGAGAGUCAACGCCACGGGCGCAGAUCCCAGCUCUCCUGUGGGCUUCGUGCUUGGGGUCGAUCUUCUUCACGUAUUCCCUUUGGAAGGAGCAACUUUUCUAUGCCCCGCUGAUGUGACUGACCCCAGAACUUGCCAGAGAAUUUUAGAACUGCUUCCCGGAAGGAGAGCGGACGUGAUUCUGAGUGACAUGGCACCCAACGCCACUGGCAUCCGGGGCCUUGACCACGACAGGCUUAUCAGCUUGUGCCUUAGCCUUGUGGACUUGGCCACGGACACCCUGCAGCCCGGGGGCACUCUGCUGUGUAAAAUCUGGGCGGGAAGCAGAAGCCACCUGCUCCAAAGGAGACUGACCCAGGAAUUCCAGAACACAAAGGUCGUGAAGCCCGAGGCCAGCAGGAAGGAGUCUUCAGAGGUGUACCUCUUAGCCACACAGUACCGUGGCAGGGAGGGCUGUCCGAAGCACUGAGCCGGCCCUGCCCUCUGGGCACACCUCCCUGAGCAGGGCUGGGAUCUGAGCUGCACUGUGGGUAUGAACAGCACCCUGAGGUCUUUAAAGAGAUGAAAAAUGAUAAAAAUGGGGCCAGCACGAUGGCGCAGUGCGCACAGAGGCUCACUGCUCGGCCUGAUGACCUCACGUGUGCGAGCACAAGUAGGUGCACACAGUGCGAACACACGCAUCGCUGUGGUUAGCUUUUGUCGGUUUACCACAAACUUAGCGUUAUCUGGGAAGAAAGGCCCCGACUGAGGAAUUGCCUCUGUCAGGUUGGCCUGUGGGCAAGUGUGUGAGACAUUUUCUUGAUCGGUGAUCUAAGUGGGAGGGCGCAGCCCAGUGAAAUCGUGCCACCCCUGGGCAGGUGGUCCUGAGUUGUGCAAGAAAGUGGGCUGAGCAAGGCACGAGGAGCAAGCCAGAAGGCACACCCACCUGGUCUCUGCUUCAGUUACUGCCUCAGGUUCCCACCUUGAGAACCCACCUUGACCUUUUCAAUGACAGACUUGUGUCAGGAUGAGCAGGCCAAAUAAACCCUUUCCUCCCAA